AGCGACAUCAUAUCUACCCCCCACCUCACCACCUCUUCUCCGGUCUCUCCCAAAACACAAAAAACAACCCACUACCGAGUAAAAAUUGCAUCAUUCCCCCGGGAAGCAAUCCAACAUGGCCUCCGAAAUCUCCUUCGCCAAAGCCUUCCUCUCCGCCCUGGACAGCCGACCCAUCAAGCUCCGAGCCGACUAUGUCCACGACGACCCCAACGCCCGCAUACCACACCUCCUCCCCCGCCUCCAACCGCCACGCCCAACAAUGCCCAAGAAAACCCCCAACGCCGCCGCCGCCGCCCCGGGCUCCUCGAAAUCCAUCACCGUCGUCCUCAAGUCCGCCCGCAACCCGGCGCUGGAACUCACCCUGCCCAAUCUUCCGCUCUCCACGACGACCGUGACCGACCUGAAGGACGCGGUGCGGGCGCGGGUCGUCGACGCCACCGACGCAAAGCCCGCGCUCGAGAAGAUCAAGAUCCUCCACCGGAAGAAGCCCGUCACGGGGAAUAGGACGCUGGCGGAGAUGUUGAGCGAGGAGCCGGUGUUGCUGGCGGGCGGGAAGGAGGUCGAGGUUGCGGUGAUGGUGCUGGGGGGUGGGCGGGUUGUUCCAGCUGAGGGUGAGGGUGAAGCGGAAGGUGAAGGUUCAGGUGUGGGGGUGAAGGAGGAGGAGACACCAGCCGAGCCGGUCGUUAAGCCGGCGGUCGGGCCGAGUGGGGAGGAGGUGGUCAAGACGGAGGCGUUCUGGGAGGAUUUGCAGGGGUUCUUGGAGCAGAGGGUCAAGGAUGCGGAGGAGGCGAGGCGGUUGAGGGGGCUGUUCAGAGAGGCGUGGGAGGGCGGGAGGAAGUGAGGGUUUCUCUCAUGCUGGGGUCCGAAAGACGGGUAAUUGAUACCCUUGUUCAUAUUAUAUCUAAUGCUGGGAGAGAUGAAUAUCAAAUCUUCUUUCUUGUGUA